UCCAUAUAGAUGGAUAAUGAAAAGCAGAAAGAUGAAAUUGCUGCAUUGGAAAGUAUUUACAAUUCAGAAGAAUUUUCAUAUCAUAAGGAGAAUGGACAUUAUCAAUGUACUUUUAUGAUAUUCAUAAAUCUUCCUAUGGAUUACCAUGUAAUUUAUAAAGAUUCUAGACAAGUGGAUGAACUCGAGCAAAAGAUUAAAAUAUCUCAUUUACCACCUUUAGCACUCCAUGUUAUUUUGCCAGAAAAUUAUCCUUCUCAGUUACCGCCUAAGUUUGCUUUAUAUUCAUCUUGGUUACAUCUGCCACUACUCAGUAAGCUGUGUAAAAAGUUAGACAAACUAUGGGAAGAAAACAAAGGGCAAGAGAUUUUAUUUACAUGGAUGGCCUUUUUACAAGGUGAGAUUUUGGAAUUCUUAAAUGUACAAGAGAACCUUGAUAUGAGUCAGAUAUAUACAUGCUAUAAAGAAGCUUAUAAUAUCCAGAAAAAUAAAAUAGCAGAUAAUGUAGAAAAAGAAUGUACUGUUGAAGAUGCAAAAAUAAAGGCAAAGAUGGAAGCUAGUGCUAAACAUUUAAGUAAAAAAAAUUUAAUACAAAAACGUUAUGAUAAAAGAGCUAUUUUAGAUUGCCCUAUUGGGAAAAAUCCCAUUCAAUCAUUAAUCGAUUACAAUGAAAAUCGUAUUCAAAUUGAAUUCCAGAAAAACUUCUAUACUUGCAAGAUUUGUUUUGUGGAUAAAUUAGGGAAGAAUUCUACACAGUUUUUUCCCUGUGGUCACAUAUUCUGUAAGGAUUGCGUAACUGGUUACUUAGAAGUAAGAAUUAAAGAUGGAAAUGUGCAGAAUAUUUAUUGUCCUGAAGAAAAGUGUUCUUCUGAAGCAACUCCAGCUCAGAUAAAAGAUUUACUAAGUCCAGAAUUAUUUGCAAGAUAUGAUUCUAUAUUGUUAAGUGUCACACUAGGUACUAUGGGAGACAUAGUGUAUUGCCCAAGACGUACUUGUCAAUAUCCAGUUAGUCGUGAACCAAAUGAACAAAUGGCAAACUGCCCAAUGUGUCAAUAUGCAUUUUGCAUUUAUUGCAAAAUGGUAUAUCAUGGAAUAGAACCAUGCAAAGCUUAUUCAGCUGAGGUACAUAAAGUAGUAUCUGAAUAUCAAGAAGUCACCGGUGAUAGAAAACUGCAAAUGGAACUACAUUAUGGUAAAAAGCAACUUCAAACAUUAGUGGAAAAUGUUUUAUCUGAAAAUUGGAUUAAAAGUAACAGUCAGAAAUGCCCUAAAUGUCAAGCUGCCAUUGAGAAAUCAGAUGGCUGCAACAAAAUGACUUGUUGGCGUUGUAAUACAUUCUUCUGCUGGUUAUGUAGUACUAUUCUCGAUCGCGAUUGGCCGUACGAACAUUUUGAAAGUCCGAGUUCUGAGUGCUGCAACAAGUUAUUUUACGCAAUGGAAAUACAAGAACAAGAAGAGGAAGAAGAGGAAGAGGAAGAGGAAGAAGAGGACCAAUAAGAAGAAAAAGAGCAAGAACAAGAAGAAUCGAAUAGAACAUGAUCAUGUUGAAAAAAGAAAAUUAGUAGCUAUCGUUAUUUUUUACGCGGAUCUAUUAUAUUGUGA